CUCAUGGCUACAUCGCUUCUUUAAAUUCCCUCCGCAUCCCCAGCUUCCCUUCUCCACUUGCAAGAAUCCCUCUCUCGACCUCCGCUUUCAUCAGAAAUGCCGCCUGAACAACUAAUUUUCCCCAAUACAACCCCACAAUUGCCCAAUCCAGCUAGAAAUCGAAGCUCGGAUCGAUCCCUUCCCUCCGAUCUGUCAUCCCCUCAUCCCCUUUCUCUGCAUUUCGUCGACGUCUGCUAUCGCGUGAAGCUCACCACCAACAAUACUGCCGGUAUCCGCCUAACCGCAAUCCUUUCAUCUCCCCCUCCUCCUUCCGCGCAAGAACGAUCAAUCCUCGAAGGAAUCACAGGCAUCGCCGCCGCCGGCGAACUUCUCGCCGUCCUCGGGCCAUCCGGCAGCGGGAAAUCCACCUUCCUCACUAUCCUGGCCGGUCGAAACAUCCCUUCCGGCGGAUCCAUCAUCGCCAACGGGCGUAAGGCCACCCGCUCAGUCUUCCGCCGGAUCGGAUUCGUUCCGCAGGACGAUGUCCUGUACCCGCAUCUCACCGUUCGCGAAACGCUUACCUAUUGCGCGAUGCUGAGGCUUCCAGGUGAUCGUGUGAGGGAAUCGGUGGAAGGGGUCAUGGCGGAGUUAGGGUUGAAAGGGUGCGGGGAGACGGUUGUGAAAGGCGUUUCGGGAGGGGAGAGGAAGAGGGUGGCGAUUGGGCAUGAGAUGUUGGUGAAUCCGAGUGCGGUGGUGGUGGAUGAGCCGACAUCGGGAUUGGAUUCCACGGCGGCGGGGAGGAUGGUUGAGACUUUGGCUGGGAUGGCGAGGAAAGGAAGGGCGGUGGUGGCGUCGAUUCAUCAGCCGGCGAGUAGGGUUUAUGGUAUGUUUGAUUCGGUGAUGUUAAUGGCGGAAGGGAGAUGUAUUUAUUAUGGAAGAGGAAGGGAUGCGGUCGACUAUUUUGCGUCGAUUGGAUUUGUCUCAGAGAUUUUCGUCAAUCCGGCGGAUUUCAUGCUCGACCUUGCCAAUGGAGUAACCAGAACAGAUCACCAGGCAGACGCAGCAGACAAGGCUACAGUCAAACAAUCUCUCAUAUCCUCCUACAACAAAGUCUUAGCCCCUAAGGUGAAAGCCUCAGUGAAUUCUUCCAUCGCUGCCUCAAUGGCUUCAGCUGAAGCUUUGAGAAUAGGAAGCCAAAGGACAGGCAAAAAGGAAACAAAAGACUUCUCUACAAUCAGCUGGUUCAAACAAUUCUCCAUACUCCUUCGGCGCAGCCUCAGGGAAAGGCGGCAUGAGACCUUCAACUCACUCCGCGUCUUCCAAGUCAUGGCUGCCGCAUUUCUUGCCGGUUUAAUGUGGUGGCACUCAAGCAUUCACGACGUGCAGGACCGGCUCGGAUUGCUCUUCUUCAUCUCCAUCUUCUGGGGCGUCUUCGCCUCCUUCAAUGCAGUGUUCACUUUCCCUCAGGAAAGGGUGAUUGUCAACAAGGAACGCGCAUCAGGAAUGUAUCCCCUCUCGUCAUAUUUCAUGGCUCGGAUGGUGGGCGAUCUCCCGAUGGAGCUCGUUUUGCCCGCCAUCUUCGUCCUCAUCAUCUAUUGGAUGGCUUCGCUUCGGCCCGAGCUUGGAGCUUUCUUGUUAACCAUGGUGGUGAUCUUAGGCUAUGUGCUUGUGGCGCAGGGCCUAGGGCUGGUGAUUGGAGCUGCUAUAAUGAAUGCAAAGCAGGCAUCGACAAUUGUUACCAUAACAAUGCUCGCUUUUCUUCUCACUGGAGGAUUUUAUGUACAGAAAGUUCCAAUCUGCAUGAAAUGGUUGAAAUAUACAUCGUUUACUUUCUAUUGCUUCAGGCUAUUAAUCGGAGUGCAAUAUAGAGAAGAUGAGAUUAGUUUCUACAGAGCUUUAUCACAUAACCAUGACAUAACUGGCGAUAGGGAGGCUGAGGUAGAAGGGCAAGUUAGUGUAAUGACAAGCAUGGCAGCAUUGGUGAUCAUGUUUUUCGGUUACAGAAUUCUGGCUUAUGCAGCACUGAGAAGGAUCAAAGUAUAAUGGUGUAAUAAAAUGCAGGGUUUCUAUAAUAAUGGAAUUAGAAUCAGAAGAAUCACUGGUUUUAAAAUUCAAUUUUUUUGACCAGAGAAUAAAGUUCUGAGCUAAUGUUAAGAAGACCAAGGAGUAAACAAGAAUGGUUUCUCUCAGAUAAGAACUUCUUAAUCCAGCCAUGAAGGUAUGCAAUAGGGCAGGUACACUAUUUACAUUACAGUUUCUAAUGCAGUAUCUAUAUAAAGCCACUGUGUAAAUAUAUAAAAAGCUAUGGGCUGUGCAGAUUAUCUGAGACAUGGUGGUAGGUAGUUUGAUUGAAUAUGGGAAGCAGAGAAGUAGAAUUGUACUUUGAGCUUAGGGAGAUGGAAGUAGAGUUAUACUUUGAGCUUUUUCCAAAAUGUAAUACAGAGUAAUACUGUAAGCAAGUUUAAUGGUU